GUACUCUCUACAAAAUGUCACAAACUACUCUCGUCAUUGAUAACGGAUCUGGAAUGGUGAAGGCUGGUUUCGCCGGAGAAGACAAGCCUCGCUGUGUGUUCCAGUCUAUUAUUGGACGUCAUAAGUCGACCACCGUGCACGUUGCCGGUGAUACGAAGGACUAUUACAUUGGCGAUGAGAUCAAUUCUCGUCGUGGAAUUCUGAACUUGAAGUAUCCCAUUGAGCACGGAAUUGUGACCAACUGGGACGAUAUGGAGAAGAUCUGGCACCACACCUUCUACAAUGAGCUGCGUGUUGCUCCUGAUGAACAUCCCGUGCUUCUGACCGAGGCUCCUUUGAAUCCUAAGGCGAACAGAGAGCGUAUGACUCAGAUUAUGUUCGAGACGUUCAACGUGCCUGCCAUGUACAUUCAGAUUCAGGCUGUGCUGUCUCUGUACGCCGCUGGUCGUACCACGGGUUGCGUGAUUGACUCUGGUGACGGUGUCUCGCACACUGUCCCCAUUUUCGAGGGCUACACGCUUCCUCACGCGAUCAUGCGUAUGGAUCUGGCUGGUCGUGAUCUGACGGAGGCGAUGCAGACGAUGCUGACCGAGCGCGGUCUGCAGCUGACGUCCUCUUCGGAGAAGGAGAUCGCUCGCGACAUUAAGGAGAAGCUGUGCUACGUGGCUCUGGACUUCGACAAGGAGCUGAAGGACUCGCAGAACUCGAGCAAGCUGGAGCGAUCGUACGAGAUGCCGGAUGGCAAGGUGAUUCAAAUCAACAGCGAGCGCUUCCGUGUGCCCGAGAUUCUGUUCAACCCGUCGCUGGCGGGCCGCGAGCUGUCGGCGAACGGCAUCCACGAUGCGGUGUACCAGACGAUCUCGAAGUGCGACGUGGAUCUGCGUCGCGAUCUGUACAACAACGUGGUGCUGUCGGGAGGCACGACCUUCUUCGAUGGAAUGGGAGACCGAAUGCAGAAGGAGCUCACCGCGCUGGUGCCGUCGAGCAUCAAGGUGCGCGUGAUCGCCUCGCCGGACCGAAAGUACAUGGUGUGGAUUGGAGGAGGCAUGCUGGCGCAGCUGUCGUCGUUCCAGGAUUGCUGGAUCACCAAGGAGGAGUAUGAUGAGUCGGGAGCCGAGAUUGUGCACAGAAAGUGCGUGUCGUAACGUGGAAGACGAGUGUAGAGGAAAGGAUGU